AUCCCAUUAAUCUUCACCGCCAAUAUUGCCAGCAGAAUAUUAUAAUGAAUCCACUAGCUUCAAUGUCUGUUGUCCAUCAUGUAUACAAGGAACAUACUAGGGUCCAUUGGCAAACGCAUGCUCCUACCGCAUUGCCAGGCCGCAUGUGAUAUAGUAGUGGAUUUUAAAAGUUGCUAGGCACGAAGUUGGGCUCAUAAAAACCAAGCCUCAUCAUUUUACAUCUGAACUAGAUUGAUUGCGUGUACCCCACCCGUCAUGGUUUUCGAGAGCGCUGCUGAAUAUAUAUCGCAUGAUGCUCCUAUAAAAGAAUCCUCUAGCUGGGUAGUGUUUAAUGGUUGCGAGUUCUACACACGAGUAUACAAGCCUGAUAUCCAGCCUCCGCUCGCAGUGAUGACAAUUGUCCAUGGCCUUGGUGGUUGCACUGGGCUGUACAGCAGCCUAUCCCACCAGUUUGCUAGAAAUGGAAUCCAGGUGUUUGGUUUUGACCAGCGUGGCUGUGGCAAGACCGGUAUGCGCAACGGUGGCCUGGGUGAUAGUAGAGGCAUGGGUGUUGUUGCACAUGAUAUUGAAGAGUUCAACAAACUUGUCAGCAUCGGCGGGAUCCCACACCUUCUCUUUGGACACUCCAUGGGUAGGCACAACCUGCUGAACUACUGCAUGGCACAACAAGGAUGGGCUGGUAAGAGGAGUAAUUGCUCAGGCACCGUCAAUGGCUCUAGGCAAUGCCAUGGCAGAAAUGGCGGAGGCCAUGCUGCAGUACUGGGAUGGCGGACUCGACAAAACGCCCUAGUACCAAUUGCUGAUGAAGUACAUAUGCUGACCAGCAACCAGGACGCAUCGAAGAGAUCAAACACCUGCAAGGAUUUCAUCUGGAGCUGCACUGCUGGCACGGUAUCUGAUGUCGUCCUGUUUGAACAGAGGCUUAUCUGGGGGUGCUCGCAGGUUCAGCACACCAGUUUACUUGGUACACUCCAAGUUUGAUGUGAUUACAAGCGUUGAGGGCACACGCAGACUCCAUGACAAUCUGCCAGAGAACCUGGACAAAACAUCCAAUAAAGUCAAAGAUGGAAAGUACCACGACAUCCACUCUGAGAAGGAUCUGGGCUUUGAUCUAGUUGGGUUCUAUGUGAGAUGGACACUUGGCCGACUAGAAUAGACUAGGACAUAGCACUUUGCAAGUGCUGGCAGUGACAAAGUCAUUCGCACCCUGUCCACUA